GCUGGGUCCACCCACGUACCCAUGGGGCUGGAGAGAGUUUGGUGCUCCUUCCCCUCGCGUCAGGCAGCAGAGAACGCGGGCGGGAGGGAAGCACAGCCUGGACGUGUUACACUCAGGGCUCAGCGAGGCACGUGACCUCCGCGAAGGCUGGCUCCGCCUCCGCGCAGGAUCCAAGUUUCUUCACCAUGGGGAUGUGGUCGAUUGGUGCGGGGGCUCUGGGGGCUGCUGCCCUGGCACUGGUGCUGGCCAACACGGACAUGUUUCUGUCUAAGCCGCAGCAAGCAACCCUGGAGUAUCUGGAAGAAAUAAACCUGAAAACACUGGAGAAGGAACCAAGGACUUUCAAAGCAAAGGAGCUCUGGGAAAAGAAUGGAGCUGUGAUUAUGGCUGUGCGGAGGCCAGGCUGUUUUCUCUGUCGAGAGGAAGCUGCAGAACUGUCCUCCCUGAAGCCCAAGUUGGAUGAGCUGGGUGUUCCUCUCUACGCAGUGGUGAAGGAGCAGAUCAAGACUGAAGUGGAGGACUUCCAGCCUUAUUUCAGGGGAAAAAUCUUCCUGGAUGAAAAGAAAAUGUUCUACGGCCCCCAAAGGCGGAAGAUGAUGUUCAUGGGAUUUGUCCGGCUGGGUGUCUGGAACAACUUCUUCCGGGCCCGGAACGGAGGCUUCUCUGGAAACCUGGAAGGCGAAGGCUUCAUCCUCGGGGGCGUUUUUGUGCUGGGAUCAGGAAAGCAGGGCGUUCUUCUUGAGCACCGAGAAAAAGAAUUUGGAGAUAAAGUAAACCCACUUUCUGUUCUGGAAGCUGCUAAAAAGAUCAAACCACAGACUUCAGCCUCAGAGAAAAAGUGAUUGUCUGAAACUGCCCCGCUCCAGGAGACUGAGGGGCACUCACCUGUGUUCUUCCGAUGUUUGUACUCGUGUCUCUGAAGAUUUGGAAACCCACUCAUGCCGUAGUCUCAGUGUAGAUCGUUAAGGUAUUUUAAUACUUACUCUGUGUAGGCUCAGUAAGAUAAAGUAGCCCCCAAAGAAGACUGGUAAAAAUCUAAGAAGUGAGUAAGGGAUGUUACAGCUAAAUCUGGAAAAUAGGAGGCUUAGAGUUGACUGGUGUACCUCAUUACAAACGUACAUAGUGUUUGAGGUUCUGUUAUUUGAAAUAAGUUUAAUUUUCCUGUCUUUAAAAAUCUAAGAAAAGUUGAUGGUUGACUAGAAGAUUAAGGAUAUAAGGUUUUUUGCUCAUGUAUUGUAUGUUAAUGAUUUACUGCAUAGUGUUGAAGUAAUACUUACAUAAAGGAAUUGAUGUGCUUUGAUGUGCUUUGGAUGACUAAUAAAGAUAGACUAUAAAAUUAAAUCUAUUUUUGUUCUUCUGACCUCAGGUUUGUUUUUCUAGAAGAAAUGGUCAUCUGGCUCUAAUAAAAGUAUGCAUUAGAAAUUGCCUGUAAUACAAGUUUUUCUGGUAAAGCUAACAAUAAAAAUAUUUACCAUAA